CACGAACUCUGCAGUUGCUAUGGUGACGAUGACUAGCUAGCACGUUAGGUAGCUUUCGUUAAAUCUGGUUGCACGUUCAAACAAAGUACAAAGAAAUUUACCUUUAAUUUGAAACUUGUUGUAUUUCCAAAUUAUUUGUAGAGAAAGAGAAUAUCGCAAAAUGUUGUCUGGCUAUCAAAAAUAAAGCUGAUAAACAUGACUAAACCACCUGUCCAUCAACGGAAUGGUUUCGGCGCGUUAUUUCUCCGGAACAAACUUCCUCCAUACUAUACAAGAGCAAACGCAUUACCAAUCCUGACCAGAGGGUGGCGAUAUUGACUAAGAACUUUGGUGCUUCGAGACUAAUUCCAGCAGUCUGCAGCAAGUUUUACAAGAAGUUAGAAAAUAAGCUGCAAGUCAAGCCUGUUUACACCAGAGUAAGAUAAGUGAGCUGGAGUCAGAGAAACAACGGACAUAUGAAACUAAGUUGGAGAGAAGGCAUCUGCCAGCGUUGUUGAAGCAGCGUGAACCGCAGCAGGUCCAUGUCAAGCUGGAAGAGUUUCAGGGUCUGCUGAAGGCUAUGAGGACAGAGAGAUGACUGGAUGAUGAAUGCAGAGCUGGAAAAUACCAUGCAGAUUAUCUCCGAGCACAGCUGCACUGUGGACAUGCAACAAUAUUUGACUAACCAGAUCGAGCAGCUCAGAGGGGAGAAUCAACAACUGAAGGCUGCAUUGAGAGAGGCAGAGCUCAGACUCAGCACAAUGGAGAGAGAGAAGGCCUGUCAGCAGGCUGCGCUCUCAGAAAAGACCUGCAAUGUUGAUCAGCUUACUUUAGAGAAACAGCAGAUGACCGCUGAGCUGGGAAUGCGGCAUAUGCAGCUUACCCAGCUGAAAGAGGGACAGGAAGCUUUAAAAGAGCAGUUUGGCAGUAAGACCUGUGAGCUGGAACAACAGAACCUCAACCUCAGGACUCAGCUGAAGACAGCACGGGCAGAGCUGGCCCAGGCCAACAGUUGGUUGAGAGCACUGGAAGGAGCUGAUGGUCAUGGUCUUAAGGUCGCUCUUGGGAUGCAGAAACAGAUCACUGCUAAAAGAGAGCAGAUUGAUUUUCUGCAAAGCCGAAUUCAGCUGCUGGAGGAGAUCAUUGAGAAGCUCAAGAUGGAGAAGCAUCGUCAGGCAUUGCUGGUUAAGAGACAAACACAAGAGCUAGUGUCCGAGAGGGAGAGCAGGAGAAGACUGGAGUCAGAAGUGGAGGCUCUUUGCUCACAAGAGCAAGAACUCAAAGGCAAAGCAGAGAGACUGGAAUCAGCUUUAUUCAAGGUGUCUGAGAGUUUUGCUGAAUGCCAAGACUUUAUUCAGAAGCAGGAACAGGAGUUUAUGAGGCUGAAACUGCAUCAUACUUUAGAUAUAAAGGAAUUGCAAAGCCAGAACUGGCGUAACGUCCCCAGAUCUCCAGUCAGCAGCCGUACCCUACAGACUCAUCUUCCCGUCACUCAGCAUAUCAUUAAUGGCCUAAUGGAGAUGAGAGUCUGUGACCCUAUUGUACAGCUGAAGAACACUGGAAGAGAGCUGCGUGGUGGGAUUGUUGAAGAUCAAGGACCACACACUAGUACGAGCUUCAGGAGGAGACCCGAGGAAGACCACAAAUCUAGACAACCUACAGAAACUAAAGAUGCAGAAUGUACCACAUGGCCAAUUGGGAGAAUAACCAGUUACAGUGAGCUCAGAACUGCUGAUCCUUAUAAGCAGGAUUGCAACAGCCCUUUAUCAGCUGACAAUAAUGCAGUACGUUUUAGAUUGGGCCAGAUGUGCUAUUCCCGCUCUGCUCGUGCGGCAGGACGCAGGUCUCCUGUGCACCUUCUACUCACUUCUGAUCUUCCUGCUGACAGAAACUAUUGCCUGGAGAUGGAGCACCCUGCCAACGCUAAUCAGAUAUCUGCCAACAAUCAAGAUGAGCUCAAAGGACAGGAAUUGCAGAAAAGCAAGCUGGACAGACCGUAGAACUUACUGAAGGAUCUUCAACUGAAGGAUGAUGGUCAGAAUGAGACUAUUUUUGUUUAUUUUAUAAUCUCAAGAGGUGUGUUUGACUUUGACUGUGGAUGGCCGCACUGAGACUGUUGGGGGAGAAGUUACGGAUCCGUCGGACACCUUCUGCCUUCUGAAGUGAUGCUUGCACAGUGUUUGAUUUUUUUUUUUAAUCACAAAUAUAGUGGAUUAGAUAUUAUAUUUGUCAGAUAAAGAUAUUUGUUUUUUUUUAAUGUCGCAAUCAGAAACACUUUUCAUUUAGUAGGUUAUGUGCUGCUUAAAGGGUUAGUUCACCCAAAAAUGAAAUUUCUGUCAUUAAUUACUCACCCUCAUCUUGAUCCACACCAGUAAGACCUUCGUUCAUCUUCAGAACACAAAUUAAGAUAUUUUUGAUGACAACUGAGGUUUUUAUCUCCCAUAAAAAGCAAUGAAAUUAUUA